AUGAAGUAUAACAACAACCGAAACGUGUUCACUUUGAAAUGCAUGCUUCACGACGUCCUGGUUCAUUUGUACACAUUACGUAAUGAAUUCAAUAUUAACAUGCAAGAGUUUGAACGAAAUGGUCGAGAAUUUGUUGAACAAAUUAUUGGAUUCAAGGUUUCUUACAUUUUUCAUGUUAAGGAUCAAUUCCACGGAAGAAAGUCGCGAAUAAAUAACUCACCGAUUCAAGAACAAAUUCUGAAAAUCCGGAGGUGUAAUGGAGAGUAUGAAGUUACAGAUAGAUACCACCAAGUAACACCUCUUGAAAAGAACAACACAAAUCAAGUAAAUAAACACCAGAAUUGUAAUGAUAUUUUUCUAGAUUUGAAAUACGCGAUCGGAUGGAACCUGUUCAAUCUGAACUUAGUUGGCAUUUGGCCGGAACCAACGAAAAGCAACAACUGUGCCGCGAAUUUCCGAGCUAUCGUAUCUGUUUCCUGUCUGUUCUUCUUCAUCGUCAUAUGGCAAAGUAUAAAUUUGUUUCUUCUGGGCGGAGAUUUCGAGCAGAUCACGCAAACAUUGACUAUGGCUAACAUUCCGACAUUCAACGCAGCCAUUAAAUUACUUGUACUGUUGUAUUGUCGAAAAGAUCUUCAGCCUCUGGUUAAGUCGUUCUACGAUGAUUGGUACACACUGAAGACUAAGGAGGACAGAACAACGAUGCUGAACAGCGCGAAUUUGUCCAGAUUUUUGUCUAUAUGGUGCAGCGUUCUGACGGCGAUAAUGGUGUCCUCGUACAUCUUCCUUCGAUCGUUUUUGAUAUGCAGGUACAAUAUAACCGCGGAGCCGCAGUAUCGUUUGAGUAUUUAUCCUGCGUACUAUCCGUUCGACAUGAGACCAACGUUGGUCAGGGUGAUCGUGAAUGUGGCCCAAGUAUUCGGCGCCUACUGCGGUGCCGUUCCGUACACUGGUGUCGACAAUUUCAUAGCUAUGCUCGUGUUGCACAUUUGCGGACAAUUCCAAAACUUGAAGAGGAAACUGACGAGACUGAUGGAUGGCCAGAGGAAACCGAAAGAGAUCCAGGUGGAACUGGCUUGGAUCGUCCAGAGACACGAACACUUGAACUGGGCCGCUAGUAGAAUUGAGGAUUGUUUUAACCAACUCCUGCUCUGGCAAUUGCUGCUCUGUACCAUUGAAAUAUGUUUCCAAGGAUUUUCGAUAUUAAUUGCAUAUAUUGAUUCGAGAUUGCAGGUGCUAUUCGUUUCGGAGACUGGUAUAUCAGCCUUUCAAACGAUAUUCUUCACGCUGUUCAUAUUAUUUGUUAUAGUGCAUGUGUAUCUUUAUUGUUACGUAGGCGAAUUAUUACGAGUCCAUAGUAGUAGUAUGGCCAUUGCUGCAUACGAAUCCAACUGGUACAAUGUUGCGCCAUCAGAAGCCAAGUGCCUAUUAUUUAUCAUGCUGAGAUCCACGAGACCUCUUCGUUUGACAGCAGGAAAAUUCAGUACCUUUUCCAUGGAAAUGUUUAACACCAUCCUGAGGACAGCAAUGGGUUAUUUGUCGGUUCUUCUUACAGUCUCCAGCAAUCUCGAUUGAAUGUCCCCAUUAGAAAAAAGAAUCUAGAGACUGUA